AUGAUCUUCAAAAAACCAAAAAGUUAUGGAGGAUCCAUCGCUGGAAUGCACUCCAACAUACGGGCGGACAAAGUGACUGUUUCGGCGGUUCAAAUUUCUGACCGCCGAUGUGGAUACUACGGUCCCUUUUUAUCGACAAGAUUUUUGGAGAAAGCUAAAGGUCUAAGUCUCCUACCAAGUGAUUUCAUGGCAUUCAUUUUUGUUCCUAUCUCUAAGGGUCCGGCAGUCGAGACCGUCGAACUACUUCUACGAAGCAAAUACGAUGAAACGGAGAAUCGCCUCAGACAUGCCCAAAUCUUUCAGCUCCUGAAAUUCUGUCCCAGGAUGUACAACACGUUUGACAGAACGAUAUACGAGCAGGUGGGAGGAACACCAAUGGGUUCACCAAUGCCGGGUCUCAUAGCCAAGAUAGUCCUACAACGGUUGGAGUCGCUGGUCUUCCAAUACCACAGACCGACAUUUUAG